CUUCACUCAGCACAUCUGCCUGUGUAGACCGCUGCCCAGAAACACAACUGAACCACGAACCGGGACAUUUUCUUCUUCAUGGGCAGAAUUAUUUCCUUUGGACGGAAGCUGACACAUCAGAGGGAUUGAAUUUUACACAUGAGAGGAAAAGAAAUGCUUUGCUUACGUGACUCAAGCGACUGCUUACGGGAGCACAUGCAGUACAUGAUGAGGUCCCUGCAAGACCUCAAACAACUGCGGAGGACCUGCCCUGCAGCCAGACGCCCCCUUGCCCCCAUCAGCACCCAACUGCCAGAGUUAGCGCGCCACUCUGCAGUGGCACGUGCAUGUCAGCAGCGAGCACUGCAAAGAGAACAGCGCACACGUCUGCGGAUAUCUGACGCCAGCACAGCCAGUACCUAUGACUCUGCCUGCUGCCUGGCGAGUCCUCUGGAGGAGGAGGAGGUGGAGGAUGAUGACUCAGCUAGUCAACUGGGCCUGAGCCUCAGACUGGGCCUGGGCUCUCCCAGCAGUCAGAAGAGUCUGGAGUUUGACUCAGGCUACUCUGAGGCGUCAUGGCAGGAUGAAGCUGUGGUUCUUAGGAGGACGAGGAAUGUGCGCGUGUCCUCCUCAGCCUGCCUCCGUACAAACAGAGCACCGAGUGGACGCAUCCGACCUAAAUCCACCUCUGACGCCUGUCUAGAGAGGUGGACAUCAUUUGAGGUCAGCGACCCAGAGGACUGGACAAACUCUUUAUUGACCAGGGGGCGCAACCGCCAACCUCUGGUUCUGGGAGACAACAGCUUUGCAGACCUCAUACAGAACUGGAUGGACUUGCCAGAUUGCCCUGAGCCCGCUGACCUGAAGCCGAGCUCGAGACGCAGACUGGGAAGAGGGUUCCUUGUCAACAUGAGAAGGAAACUAGCUGGGUUUUCCAAGAGUGUAGAGGACAGAGUGAGGAUGAGAUCCACAGACUCUGCUCACGCUAACAGAACAGCAAAUGCUCCAAAACGUCUGUCCUGCCCAGUUGUGGCAUCGCAGCCCAAAGUCCCAUUUUUCCACCAAUCACACUCAGGCAUUAACGAGCUGGACUCAGACUUUUACCACUUCGCCGCCCUCAUGAAGUCAGGCAGCCGACAGCCCAUUAUCUGCAAAGACAUUAUUGGCUACAUCUGACACAUCAGUUUCAAUGUAAAGCCAUGUACAGACAGAUGGACAAUCUUCAGAGUCACUUUAUUUUUAUAUCACUUUUUUUCACCUUUUAUAUGCUGUGAUUAAGCUAUUGGA